AUGGUUGACCAGGCCCAACCCAGGACUGCUACCGCCUCCGCCUCGACGGACGAAAAGCCGCAGCUCGUCAAGUCUCUCCAAGAUUUGACAAUCAUAGAGCACUACGAUCGCGGCGCCACUGAGCCCAAGGCCACCACCUUCUUCCACAUCACUACAGAUGAAGAGCUCUACUUUGGAGAAACGGCCAAGAGCAAGUUCGAUACGACUAUAGCAGAAUUCAACCAGGCACUUGAACGAAUCCCAGACGAAGAUGUCUGGCCCGAGAUCCCUCCAGGCACUCAGCUUACCCUUGCAUCCGAAGGCUUGACAGAGGAGUCAGCUUUCCUUAAACGACCCGAGAUUAUCUCUUUUCAUCCGGGGGGCAGUAACAACGACAUGAUCCCGCGAUCAAUACUGCGAGAGACGUCAAUCAUGGAGCAAAUCUCGCGGUCUCCCCAUCCUGUCUUCAUCCGAUACUUUGGCUGCCGGGUGCGGCGAAAUCGGAUCACGGCCAUCUGGCUUGAACGACAUGAAAUCACACUGAAGGACUACGUCGAGACACCUGGAUUUAAGAAUUUAGACAAGGACAAGUUUGUGGACAGUAUUGAUUCGGCUGUGUAUCAUUUGCAUUCCCUGGGGCUUGCUCACAAUGAUAUCAACCCCAGCAACAUCAUGGUCAAGGAUGAUAUGCUGCCUGUUUUAAUCGACUUUGGAUCCUGUCAGCCUUUUGGGUAUAAUUUGGAUUCGUUGGGUACUGUUGGCUGGUAUGAGAAGCCUUUUUUCACAUCUGAGAAGGAGCAUGAUAUUUACGGGUUGAGAAAGCUGCGAGAGUGGAUCAAGAACCCAGAGUGA